CCCACCACACCAAUGGCCAAGCCAGCAGCCACCACAGCUAAGCCACCACCUGCCACUACAGCAUCAGCACAGGCAAAGCUCUCCAGCACAGCAGCAGCACCAACCACAACAGCAAAGACACAACCACAAGCUGCCACCAACACCAGCAAGCCAGAGCCUGCUGCCACAGAAGGCCCAGGUGCCACCGAGGCAGCUGGGCUGACUCCGUUCUUUGAGCCCACAUCAGACCUGGGUGAUAAAGUAUCUCCAGAAGCAGAGGUAGACACUGGAGAGCCCCUUAGCCUCUCAGCUACAGAGGAUCCCUCCCUGCUAGAGAGCAUGGGCACAGCCUUCAGCCCCAGAGCAGCCUCAGGAGCCGCUCAAGGUGGGGAAGAGGAUGGCAAAGAGACCUCAGCCUUUUCCACUCCACCUCCAGCCCUCAGCCCAGUUGUUCCAGAGCUCAGGUUAGGGUUCAACAAGGCUGAGCCCAUGACCCCCUCCAAGUCAGUGGUUUUCAGCCCCGAGGAGCCAACCUUCUUGCGCUUAACAUCACCCUCCAAAGACAAGAGAGGGCAGAGCCCUGCUUUCCAGAGCUCCCUCUCAGCAGGUGCCCUGGACAUUGAGGAACUGGAGACAAACUCAGACCAGACAAGCAUGGAUGGUCCCACAGCUGGAGCCCCCAGUGCCUGCCUGGGCCUUUCACUCUUCCUCCUCCCCAGUCUCAUCCUGGUGGGCCUCCUGCUUUGAAUGGUCUUUCCCAGCUGUCCCUGUCCCAGGCACCAAGGCUUUCUUCAGCAGUGGUUGUUCCACGACCCUGGUAGGCUUGGGAAGCACCAUGGACAAUUCAGGUUGAUGCUCUCUUCUUAUGCUGCCUUACCUGCUCCAGCCCCCAUGAGCCAAGGGCAGCUGGCAGUCCUGUGGGAACUUGGUCCCCUUCCUGAGGAGACCCAAGGGCAGGAAGGUGUCUGCCAUAAUGCUGGUGACCUUGGACGCUUCUCCUUUCUCCCCAGCCCUCCUGGGCUUCUGGGCCAUCUCCAGGGUGGAAGUGAUGACCUAUCCCAGGACCUGUGUGGUUGGCAGGCCCUGCUACACCGAGUCCCCAGGGGAAGCAGAGUGACCUGGAAGCCUGAGUGGUGAUGAGGCUUGGUGGCUGGGUUUGGGGUUUGUCUGUGGAUGAGAUUUGGUGGCUGGCUUUGGUGUCUGUGGAUGAGAUUUGGUGGCUGGCUUUGGUGUCUGUGGAUGAGAUUUGGUGGCUGGCUUUGGUGUCUGUGGAUGAGAUUUGGUGGCUGGCUUUGGU